UCCUUCUCCCUCCAUACUUCUUUCUCUUCUUCUCCAAGACAACCCCCCACGUCUACUUUCUUCCAAAACCCUCAAAUCCUUUCUUCUCCGAUCUCCUUACCGAAAAGUCAAAUCAACCCUUCAUGACAAACUAUGGAACAAUUCCGACAUCGUCUUCUGCAACUCCGAUCGCCAACAUGGAGUACUUAUCACGAGCUAAGGACCGGAUAAAGUCCGGCCUCGGCACCCGGCGUCCGUGGAAACUCAUGUUCGACUACCGCUCCGUUAGUUUACCCCGCGGCAUCUCCGACGCCCUUAUCAGAAUCAAAACCAACGCGGUGUAUUUCCGCAUGAACUACGCGAUCACGGCACUAUUUGUUCUGUUCCUAAGCCUUUUAUGGCACCCGGUGUCGCUGAUAGUGUUUGUAGUGAUGAUGGCGGCCUGGCUUUUCCUGUACUUCCUUCGAGACGAGCCGUUGGCUGUGUUUGGGAAGACGAUCGACGAUCGCGCGGUGCUGAUCGUUCUAGGCGUGGUUACGAUCGUGCUGCUGCUGUUAACUCACGCGACGUUGAAUAUAUUGGUGUCGGUGGCGAUAGGGUUGGUUAUAGUGACGGUUCAUGCGGCGUUGAGGAAGACUGAUGUUUUCGUGGAUGAGGAAGCUGCUCGCGGGCUGAUGACCGGUGUGGUUGCCGCUUCAUCUUCUUCUUCCUCUUAAUUAGUUUAAUAUAUUUUUUUUUUUACUGUCUGAAUUAUAUGUAUGAUUUAUUUAUUGUUCUGUAUGAUUUUUUCUUCUUCUUGAAAUUUCUGGGUUUUGUUCUUGUUUUUCUAACACUGUUGUUGAAAUGGGUAUGGUAUUUUCUGGACUGAA